AUUUUUAACCCGAUUUCUCUCUUUCUCCCCCCAGAUUACAGCCAGACCGCCACGCAAAGCUACGGCGCCUACCCCACGCCCCCGAGCCAGGGCUACUCCCAGCAGAGCAGCCAACCCUACUCCCAGCAGAGCUACUCCGGCUACUCCCAGUCCACAGACACCUCGGGAUACGGCCAGAACAGCUACAGCUCCUCCUACAGCCAGACCCAGAGCAGUUACAACACCCAGUCGGCCCCGCAGCCCUACGGCAGUGGGGGAGGAUACGGGACGGGGCAGAGCUCCCAGAGCUCCUACGGCCAGGCCUCGUCCUACCUGGGCUAUUCCCAACCCCCCGCCGCCUCCUCGGCCUCUGGAAGCUACGGCAGCGGCUCCGGGAGCUCGAGCUACGGGCAACCCCCGAGCGGGGGGUACAGCCAACAGCAGAGCUACAGCGGGGGCCAGCAGAGCUACAGCCAACAGUCGUCCUACAACCCCCCUCCCAGCUACAGCCAGCAGGGCCAGUACAGCUCCGGCACCUGUGAGUCCUUUUGGGGGGAAAUCACCCGGAUUUGGGGUCAUUUGGGGGGGUUUGGGGUCUGUAAUAGGGGGUACAGCCCCCAGCAGAGCUACAACCAACAGUCGUCCUACAACCCCCCUCCCAGCUACAGCCAGCAGGGCCAGUACAGCUCCGGCACCUGUGAGUCCUUUUGGGGGGAAAUCACCCGGAUUUGGGGUCAUUUGGGGGGGUUUGGGGUCUGUAAUAGGGGGUACAACCCCCAGCAGAGCUACAGCCAACAGUCGUCCUACAACCCUCCUCCCGGCUACAGCCAGCAGGGCUGGGACAGCUCUGGGGGGU